AUGGUAUGCAAUAAAUUUAUCAAGGUAAACUUCAACGUAAUAAAACAUCAAACUAUGACGAGAUUUUUACAUUUUACCAGGAAAACGAAAUUUCCGGAAGCUAAACUGCCUCAUUGGUCUAGUGGUCAGGUGUCGGAAUUAAAUGCAAGUGUACUCUUGCAGGUCCCAGGUUCGAGUCCUGGCAUGGACAAAAAAUAA